CGAGGCAGGUCUUGCCCUGGGGGUUUUCAGGGACGGUUGGUAUCUGUACGAACCGGCAAGUCAUGGAUAGCAACGCGUUGACGGGAGACAUUGCGCAGCGCAACCCGUUUGCAGCGGCCGAUCGGGCCAACAAGCAGGCCAGCCUGAGUGCCCAGCAGGAUGAGGUGGCCCGCCAACAGGCGGCCGAGUCCCGCAAGGCCGAGGAGCUCAAACAGCGACGUCGUGAAGCCGCGCGCCGCGAGAAGGAAUCACAGUUACAAUCACAGAUUGCACGACGUGCCCAACAGCUUGAGCAGCAACAAGAAGAGGUGGAGCGCCUCCGCGCCGCCAAAAUUGCCGCCGAGAAUCGGGCCCGGGAACUUGAAGAACAACAACAGAAGAUGCAGGAACAGGCUGCUGCUCGCGAAGCCGAGCUUCAGCGAGAGCGCCAAGAGGCACAAGAACGCGCCGCCCUAGCCGAGGAAGAGCGCCAGCGCACCAAAGCCAAGGCCGAAGCAGAAGCCCGCCGAUUGGGCCGCCAUCCGCCAAGCCGAAGAGCAGGCCGAAACCACUGCUCAGAUGAUUACCGCCAGCCGCGAACUUCAGACUCGGCUUGACCAAGCCUACGAACAACACGUCAUUUCCCGUCGUGAGCAUGAAGAGUGGCAUGC